AUGUCUGCUCCGAAGGCGGCCGAGGUUCAGCAUCCGGCGAGUGCUGAUGUCGCUGAAAAGCGUUCAAUCUAUGCAGUUGAGGAGAAGGCAAUUGAUGGUGCCGCAUAUAACAGCACACACGACAGCCUUGAUGACCUAAAUCAAAGAGCUCCCACGGUUGACGAAAUCCAAACGCUCCGUCGUGUGCCUGGGGAAAUUCCAUGGAUUGCUUAUUCCAUUGGCUUCGUCGAAUUGUGUGAAAGAUUUUCUUACUAUGGAACCACCAUCGUGUUUGUCAACUUCAUCCAACGAGCUAUGCCUGAAGGUUCCACUACUGGUGCCGCGGGGACCAAUGCCACACCCGGCGCCCUUGGAUUAGGACAACGGGCAUCCACUGGAUUAACCUUAUUCAAUCAAUUCUGGUCCUAUAUCAUGCCGUUGCUUGGUGCCUACGUUGCCGAUGAGCAUCUGGGACGUUUCAAUACCAUCAUGGGAGCUAUUGCUGUUGCCCUUGUCGGACACACAAUUUUGAUCAUUUCGGCCAUCCCCCCGGUGCUGAAAAACCCCAAUCGUGCUGUUGGGGCAUUUACUGUUGGGCUCAUUAUUAUGGGAGUGGGAACUGGUGGUUUCAAAGCCAACAUAUCCCCCCUAAUUGCGGAGCAGUACCAUGAAGAGUAUAUGUAUGUCACAACUACCAAGAAGGGCGAACGCGUCAUUAUGGACCCCUCUCUCACCAUCUCCCGAAUCUACCACUAUUACUAUCUCUUGAUCAAUGUUGGAGCCCUCGUUGGCCAGAUUUCAAUGGUAUACGCCGAGAAAUAUGUCGGCUUUUAUCUUUCCUUCUUACUGCCCACCUGCAUGUUCUGUGUCUGUCCACUUGUUCUUUUUGUCUUGCGCAACAAGUACAACCGUAAACGCCCAGCUGGUUCCGUAUACGGCAAAGCGUUCAAAGUAUGGAGAUUGGCGACAAAAGGCCAGGUGUCGUGGAAUCCUUUCAAGACAUAUCGCAACUUCCACGAUCCGCAUCUGUGGGAUAGAGCCAAGCCAAGCAAUAUUGCUGUUAGGCCAGCGUGGAUGACCUUUGACGAUGCAUGGGUGGACGAAGUCCGCCGUGGCAUCAAAGCAUGCGCCGUGUUCCUCUGGUACCCACUCUACUGGCUUUCCUACAACCAAAUGUUGAACAAUAUUACCUCCCAAGCCGCCUCCAUGACGCUUAACGGUGUUCCCAACGACAUUGUCAACAACCUGAACUCUCUCUCCCUUAUUAUCUUCAUUCCCAUUCUUGACAAAUUUUUGUAUCCUCCACUCCGAAAAAUGGGCGUCAAUCUGACUCCUGUUAAGCGUAUUACCGUCGGGUUCAUCCUCGCAGGCUCCAGUAUGAUUGCCGCCGCCGUGACUCAACACUAUAUCUACAAGCUCGGGCCCUGUGGCAAAUAUGCCAACAAAUGCGCCAAAAAGAAUAUCCCCGCCCCCAUCAGCGUCUGGGUGCAAGCUAUUCCUUACAUCUUGGGUGGUAUCUCUGAGAUCUUCGCCUCUGUGACUAGUCUUGAAUACGCCUUCACAAAGGCACCUAAGAAUAUGCGCUCCCUCGUGCAGGCCAUGUCGUUGUUCAUGAAUGCCUUCUCCAGCGCCAUUGGCCAGGGCCUUGUCGGUCUCGCUGAGGAUCCCUUGCUCGAGUGGAACUAUGGCGUCACUGCCAUUCUGGCAUUUGCGGGCGCUGUGGGCUUUUGGAUUACCAAUCGUGGCACUGAUAAGGAAGAAGAUGCGCUUAACAACUUGCCCACUGGCAACUGUCCAACAAUGAAAACCAAUGAGGAUAUGGAGGGGAAUAUUGCUAAGACCGUGUAA